CGGGCAAUAGUGCGCAAACAUCCACAGGCCUACAACCAUGGGAAAGAUCAUUUUCUACGAGGGCCGCAACUACCAGGGCCGCCACUGGGAGUGCAGCAGCGACUGCAUGGACACCUUCAGGCACUUCAACUGCUGCAACUCCAUCCGUGUCAGCGGCGGUCACUGGGUGGCCUACGAGAAGCCCAACUACAUGGGUUACCAGUACAUCCUGGGCCCCGGCGAGUACCCCGAGUACAACACCUGGAUGGGCUUCAACAACUGCAUCCGCUCCUGCCAGAUGUUCCCUCCUUAUAGAGGAUCCUACAGGAUGAGGCUCUACAACAGGCCUGACCUGAUGGGACACACUAUGGAGUUCAUGGACGACUGCCCCAACGUGUACGAGCGCUUCCGCUACCGUGACAUCUACUCCGCCAACGUCAUGGAGGGUUACUGGAUCUUCUACGAGCAUCCCAACUACAGGGGACGCCAGUACUUCCUGCGUCCUGGAGAGUACAGGGCCUGUGGUGACUGGGGCUGCCACAACCCCAUGGUGGGCUCUUUCAGGAGGAUGAGGACUCAGAUGUAAAGUCUAUCUAUGCGCAACUUAACAUUAAACAUGUAAUUUUAAAAUAAUAAUACACUUGGUGAGCUUAUUUGAAUCAUGCAACAUACAAACAUGUCGUAUAAUAAUGCUCCUUGUUAUGUGUCCAACUCAGAAAAGCUGCUUGAUGAACCAUGUCGCUGUUAAACGCCUAUAGAAACAAACCAAAUCUGUUCUGCUCACUGCUCUGUUCAUCUACACAGUCUGCAUGUAAGGUUUCCGGCAUUCACGCCAAAUAAAGGCACA